AUGAUGGUCGAGUCACGCUACACGUCCGUCAUGCGUAGUACACGCAGCGGCAAUUAUUACAACGUACCCAUCUCCACCGUCUCACCCGAGAUGCCCUCAUUCGUCAAUACCGACGGCUCUGAGAGCGAAUCCGUAGCCGCCGCCGCCUGGGGCACCUCCACCAUGCGCCGUGUGCCAGCCGUGAUUAAGCGCCGCGACCUCAACGCCGCACUCGACAGUGUUGCACCUUCGAAGGACCCGCACACUUUCCAACCGGCUUUUGCCUUCGACCUCAAUAAGCUCGUGGCCUCACUUACGAAGGGCUCGACCAGCCCCAGUUACAACUCGUCCUUUACGUUGACAGGUAGUCUUGGAGAGCCCUUGCCUGAGCCAACACCCGAAAUGUCACCGAUAGCAGUGCUACCGGUCAACUCUGAGUCAACGCAGCCUCGCCAGCGUAGACGACGAGGAGCGCUAUCCAGUGAAGCAGAGCUUUCGCGUUCGUACGCGCCCACGUCUGCAGCCCCACCAAACAGCAUCAUCGCGUACAGCCUCAACAAGCGCAAACAAAAGCGACUGGAAGCUAAGGCGUUGGCCGCGGCAUCAGUAAAAGGCAUCAAUUUCGAGGUAGCCGUGGCUGACGUCGACAACGAGCAUCAGCCACAGUACAUGCCACGGUACGUGCCACAGUACCAGUCCAGCGUAACGACACCCAUGUCGUCACGCAACCGCGAGCCUUCGCUGGAUCAGCAGAGCUACGCACUAUAA